AUGGCUUGUGGUCCCAAGAAGCAUCUGAAGCUAGUAGUAGCUCCAAAGCAGCAGAUGCUGGAUAAACUGACUGGUGUGUUUGCCCCUCACCCAUCUACUGGUCCCCAUAAGCUGAGAGAGUGUCUCCAUCUCAUCAUUUUCCUAAAGAACAGACUUAAGUAUGCCCUAACAGGGGAUGAAUUAAAGAAGAUCUGUUCGCAGUGUUUUAUUAAGAUUGAUGGCACGGUCCGAACUGAUAUAACCUACCCUGCUGGUUUUAUGGAUGUCAUCAGCACUGACAAGAGUGGGGAGAAUUUCCACCUGAUCUAUGACACCAAGGGUCGCUUUGCUGUUCAUCGGAUUGCACCUGAGGAGGCCAAGUAUAAGUUGUGGAAAGAGAGAAGGAUCUUUGUGGAGACAAAAGGAAUCCCUCAUCUGAUGAUCCAUGAUGCUCACACCAUCCGCUGUCCUGCUCCCCUCAGCCAGGUGGGUGCCACCAUUCAGACUGAUUUGGAGACCGGAAAGAUCACUGAUUUCAUCAAGUUUGACACUGGUAAUCUGUGUAUGAUAAGCAGAUGUGCUAACCUGGGAAGAAUCAGCAGAGAGAGACACCCUGGGUCUUUUGAUGUAGUUCAUGUGAAAGAUGCCAAUGGCAACAGCUUUGCCACCCAGCUCUUCGACAUCUUUUUUUAUUGGCAAAGGCAACAAACCAUGGAUUUCUUUUCCCCAUGGAAAGGGUAUUUGCCUCACCAUUGCUGA